AUCUGUAACCAGAAAAAUGUUUCCAAUUUAGUCUAUGGUUGUAGCUGUGUGGUUUGUUGUGUGGUGUGAUUUGUAAUUAUUUUUUCUAUUAAUUUAAUCUCAAAAUGGAAAACGCUGAAGAAAUAUUCCAUUUUCUUGAAGACUUCUCUAAGCGCAAACCCAAAACAAUUCCACAAGAACUAAACGAGUACUUGGCGUAUGUAGCACGAACCGGUGAUCCAGUUUACCAAUGGUCUCUUGUAAAAAGCUUAUUCAAAGAAAAAUUGCUCUCUGUAAUCACUGAUUUCUAUGAAACUUCUCCAGGUAUUGACAUUCCCCCAUAUCCAAACGUUGAUCCAUUUAAUUACGACAUCAUGAAAAACAGUCUGCUAGAACGUCUAGAUUCCUUCACAUCUGCACCAUUUACAGUUCAAAGAAUUUGUGAAUUACUUACGUAUCCUCGUAAGCAGUACAACCGCGUUGAUAAGUUCAUGAGAGCCAUAGAAAAGAACAUUUUAGUUGUUAGUACUAGAGAACCUGGAACUCAACGACAUGCAGAGCCAGAAAAUGGUGAACCAGUGGAACCUGUCGUAAAUGGCUCUGACAACAAUUCCGAAUACAAUGUUGAUGUUGAAAUGGAAGAUAUGUCGUGGAAAGAAAAUGCUGAACAACAGACGAUCUCAGAACCCCAGCCAGGUUCAUCAGAUGCCCAUAUUUCUGUGGAUGACAUUGAAGCUAGAUUAAAAGCAAAACAAGAAACACCUAUGGAUACUCAAGAUAAAACUACCAAUCAGUAUGAAUCUGUAACUCCUCCUGAACUUAAUGUAAAUGCAGAUGAACAGCCAGCUGAAGCCAAAACCAGUGAUGAACCCAGCCCCCAAGCCUCAGUGUCUGCACCGGAAGAACCAAAAGUUGAAGCUACAACUUCAUCAAGUUCCCAUGAUGAACCAAAGGUUGAUGUAGAUAUGAAACCUGAAACAAGUGCUCCUGCCUUAAUCAUUCCAGAAAUUAAAGUUGAUGAUGCAGAAAUGACUGAGCAAAGACUGAACGAACAGUCCUCUACAGAUACUAAAGUUCAAGAAACUAUUGAAACAUGUCAUAAAGAACCUUCUAGUUCAGAGCCUAAACCUGAAGUAGAACCACAAUCGGUUUCUAUGGAUGAAAACAGUUCUGAUUCAACCACAAAAGAAGAUAAUGAACCAAAACUCAUUUCUGAAGUUUCCACAUCCAGUGAGGAGAGUUCAUCUUCAAGUGACAACACUGAUGGAAGUAGCAACUCUCCUAAGACAGAUGAAAGGCACAUAGAUGUGCAAGAGGAAUCCAGCCAGUCAGACACUCCAUCAGAAGAGAAUGUGGUCAAGGAAUCUGAACAAAUACCUGACUUAACUCCUGAGCAGCCUGCUGAAGAACCACCUCCUAAAGCUGAAAUACAAUCUGAUAAUUACUCAAUAUCUGAUGUUAAUUCUGAACUACCUCAACCACCCGCAGAAGGCCCGAAGACUGAGGAAGUUAUAGAAGAAAAAAGAGAACCAGAAAAGAUUGAAGAAACAAAGUCUGACAUAACCAAGACAGAAACAGAACCGAACAAAGAGUCAUAGACAUGAGACUCUACUAUUACACACUUUUUUAUUAUGUGACUGUUAGUUAAUAAGUAGAAAAGUAAAUUAAUUUUUCUUAGACUCUAUAAACCAAUUUGUGUCUACUCAAGUGAAAUGUGUAGUGUAUGUUCCUUGUAACUUCUGAUCCAUGUCCCAACUCUUUAAGUAUUUAAAUGUCCUGUUCUUAUCCAUUGUUCAAGGACUUAAUUGCAAAUUUUCUAUUAAAUAAUUGAAAUGAAAAUGAAUGAUUGUAACUUAGUAUUAUUUUAUACCAAUUAUGUAAUAUGUGAGGAAUAAAUAAUGAAUCAAUUUCGUAUAA